GUGAUAAUAAAAUUACUGCGUUAGAGCAAGUUGAUAGACAGGAAGUCCAUUUUCAAUCACCAAUCACGUUGAGCGCUUUAUCUAAUGAGGUUUAAGGUACAAUUCCGAGAAGCUGGAAAUUUAAUUGAAUACUAUAAAAAUAGAACAUUAAAACAAAGAGAUCUAAUCGAAAGGGCAACCAGAGAGAUCUCCAAUCUGAACGAAUUGAAAAGGGAAAAUAGUAGUUUGAAAUGCGAAAUUCAAUCAUUAAAGGACAGAUUAGCAUACGUUUAUAAUAGUAAACCAUCCUUCACCAUUGAUUCAUCAAAUAACGAUAAAUAUGUGUCAAAUUAUAAAACAAAAUCAAAACCGGCUUUUUUUAGUACAUCAAAAAUGAACAAUGUCAAUCGCACUAAUACAUUAAUGAAUUAUGGUGUUUCAACUAAGAGAAAAGAUCUAUCAAACAGUAUUUCCUCAAGGUCUUCAUCAUUUACUUUGCCUCAAUUUAAUGAUCAAAUUAAACUUAUUCCAGGGAGUCGUAAAAAGAUCUCAAGUGAUCGAGAAAUAAUUAAUAAAAGACACCCUGAGAGAUCGGUGUCUCAGUUAUCUAAGUUUACAUCCAAAAUUGGUUUUGAACAAGAUAUUAUAAGUAUAGAUGAUGAUUCAAAUGGUACGAAAUCUAAACCAAACUAUGAUAAAGGCUCUACAUCAAACAGAUUAUCCUCAUUUUCAUUCAACGGAAGAGAUGAUAUGAGUAAUUCAGCAAUAUCAUCUCUUGCCAAGUAUCAAAGAGGUACACAUAAUAAAAAGGUUAAAAAUACCAAUAAUGGAAUCUAAUAUUUUAAAACAAAUCCUAUACUAAUGUUAACCACCAUAAAC